AUGAACCUAUCGCAGCCGAUUCGAGUCCCUGGACGCUCUCGGGAGUCACGUUCUCCUCAUGGACAACCCCUGCCAACCUUGCUCCCGAUUUUGAAGUGCUCAUGGAUACCGCAGCCGCUGCUGAAGCGGAUGAACCGCUUAUUUUGCACGAAGACGUGGCUUCUCCUCUGCCCUCCCCUCUAUCCUCUCCUCCGUCCUCCCCUUUGUCAUCCUUACCUCCAACCCCAAUUCCAACUCCGCCACGCAGCCUCUGUCAAUGUCAUUGUGUGCAGUGAUCAACUCGGUCACAUACGCCGAAGCAUCAGGUGGUAUCCGGGCCCAAUUCCCUCUACACCUUCCACCUCUUCCAGACCUCGCUGUCCUCCACCCUCCCCGCCAUGGCUGCUCAACUUUCAGCUCGCCAACAAACAGCUUGACAUUAACAGGCACAAAUCGAUGCUCGAUUACCUCCACACGGCCGGAUUCACAGAAACGUACGACCAGUUAUGA